GGAUUCACAUUGCAGCCAGCAGGUGGCGGUAAUGCACCAUAACACCUGACACCUUCAUGUGAAAGAAGAAGUCGAGCUGCAUUGUUUUUUGUGUGUGCAGCAAAUCCAGUUCACAGAGACAUGGUUGAGCAGGUAAUGACGAGGACGCGUGCUGAACUCACUGACUCCAGAUAUGAACAAUGCCCUGUUGUACCCUGAUGUCUGGAUCAAGCUCUAACAGUCAGCAGAAGACUUCUGAAAGCACCACCCAGAGACAAAUGCCUAGAAUAAUCCCGGCUAAAGGAGAGAAGUCGUAUCAGUGCUCAGAGUGCGGGAAGAGUUUUACUCAGCACAGUACUCUACAGCGACACCAGCGCAUCCACACCGGAGAAAAGACCCACCACUGUUUACUGUGUGGAAAGAGCUUCAACCAGCAGAGCACUUUUCAGCGACACCAGCGCGUUCACACUGGAGAGAAACCGUAUCGCUGCUCGCAGUGUGGGACUAGUUUCGCCAUACAGAGUAAUCUGAGGCGACAUCAGCGCAUCCACACGGGAGAGAAACCGUAUCACUGCUCAAUGUGUGGGAAAUGUUUUACUAACCACAGCACCCUCCAGCACCACCAGCGCACUCACACAGGAGAGAAGCCCUAUCAGUGCUCUGACUGUGGGAGGAGUUUUACUGAGCACGGUACUCUCCAGCGACACCAACGCAUCCACACCGGAGAGAAACCCUAUCACUGCUUAGACUGUGGGAAGAGCUUUAAACAGCAAACUGCUCUCCAGCAACAUCAACGCAUCCACACUGGAGAGAAGCCGUACCACUGCACGCAAUGCGGGAAGAAUUUUAUUCAACAAGGUCAUCUCCAACAGCACCAGCGCACUCACAAAAGAGAGAAGGCCUACUCGGACUGUGGGAAGAGUUUUACUCCGACAGAACAUCUCAGAAAACAUCAGCGCAUCCAUUCAGGAGAGAAACUGUAUCGAUGCUCACUGUGUGGAAAGAGUUUUACUCAACAGAGUACUCUCCAAACACACCAACGCAUCCACACAGGAGAGAAGCCGUACCACUGUGUCGAGUGUGGGAAACGUUUUAAUCAGCAGAAUUCUCUCCAGAAACACCAGCGCAUCCACACGGGUGAGAAACCGUACUGCUGCUCGGUGUGUGGGAAGAGCUUUACUCAGCAGUGUACUCUUCAGCGACACCAGCGUGUUCACACCGGAGAGAAACCCUAUCACUGCUCGCAAUGCGGGAAGAGUUUUACUGAAAGAGAUGAUCUCCAGCGACACCAGCGCAUUCACACAGGAGAUAAACCGUAUAUCUGCUCGCAGUGUGGGAAGAGUUUCACACAACAAAGUCAUCUACGGCAACACCAACGCACUCACACUGGAGAGAAGCCGUAUCAGUGCUCGGACUGUGGGAAGAGUUUCACCGAGAGAGGCCAUCUUCAGCGACACCAGCGCAUUCACACCGGAGAGAAGCCGUACCACUGUUUCCAGUGUGGGAGGAGUUUUAUUUCCCCGAGUAUCCUCCAGCAACACCAGCGCAUUCACACCGGAGAGAAACCGUAUCACUGCACGCAGUGUGGAAAGAGUUUCACUCAACAAAGUACUCUACAACAACACCAACGCAUUCACACGGGAGAUAAACCCUAUCACUGCUGCGAGUGCGGGAAGAGUUUCAAUCGCAACAGUCAACUCCAACACCAUCGCUGUGUUCAGUGACAUCAGUGCGGAGAACAUUAUUUAUAUACUCCAACACAGCCAAUAGCUAACUACACAAUGUUUAUGUGAUCAGUUUAGCAUUUAGGCUUAAGCUUUAAAUUAGGGAUGGAAGGAUUGAUCUGAUUUAGAUUGGAAUCGGUCAAAUAAUAGUCCAGAAAUUAACGCAAAAUCAUGGAAACUCCACAAUAUUUGGAGGAGCUUGCAAUUUCUCAAAAUAACCACAGAUUUGCAUCAAGAGGCGUCAUGUGACAUCAUUCAGUUCAAUUCAGUUCAGUUUUAUCUGUAAAGCAAUUUUAUCUGUAUAUAGAAAUAUAUAAAUUCAGGAUAUAGAUGUUAAAUGUAUGAAUUUAUCUCUAAUGAGCAGCCAGAGGUGACGUGGUGAGGAAAAUCUCCCUGAAACCAUUUGAGGAAGAAACCUCGAGAGGAACCAGACUCAGAAGGAACCCGUCCUCAUCUGGGUGACACCAGAUAGUGCGAUUAUAAAUAAAUACACCCCUUCUAUAAAUGUGCUAAUACUACAUGAUCAAAUAGUGCAGUUGUGUAAGCAGGAAAUUCACUACAGUUUCUACAGGAAGUCUGUUUUGUUGAACUUCUCCACUGUUCACUGAUGGAGACUCGAGUGCAGAACUGUUUGUGGUAAUUGUAGUGAUAAAGCUAUCACAGCAUAACUGUUCAUAUGAACUGAGGUCCAGAGCAUCUUUAUGGUGUUUAAGUGGAACCAUCCUCAGUAAUCUCACUGAUCUUUAGGCUGCACCAUGUGGGACAUCCUCAGCAGCAGCAUGUGACUUCCAACUGAUGAGAACUCCAACCAGAAGAAGGACAUCAGGAUGGAUCAGGCCGGUCCAGAGAGCAGAAGGGGUCAGGAUCACUGGCAUCUCAGGUGUUAAUGUGUAUUUCUUUUAUUUGACCAAUACGGCCAGCUGAUCCACGACAUGAGAGUCAAAUCCUGCUGUUUGUUCUGAGGGUUAAAUGUAAAUAGAACUGUGCACUGAAACAUGUCAGUGCUUCCUGUCUGAUUUUAAUUUUGUGCCUCGUAGUGGAAGCAAAGCAAAGGAUUUUACCAUCUUGAGCUGCCGUCACUGCUUCAUAGUAAACCCUGAAAGUAUAUAUUUAGGUUCAGGUCUGUUGUGUUACCACACCUGUGAGUUACCACACCUGUGAGAGUACAGAAUGUUGUAUACCUGCGUUCCAACAAUCAUUUAACUUGCUGCUAUUUGUUGCAGAAAAUCUAAAAGUAUUUAAGGCCAAAAGCAUAAUGUGAGUUGGCUACAGAAAUGAUCUUAACUGACAGUACAUCAAUCUACACGUCCAUUGGCAUCACUAAUCAGGCCAUCUAUAAUUUAAAUAGUUUAGUAAAUAAAGUCUAUAUAGCAUAUUUAAAGUUUGUGUUUAUUGAAUAAACUGACUUCCUUUCUUUGUUCGAGUUUAUUUAGCACUAAUAACUUGUAUGAGUGUUUCUUCUUUGUCACAGCUAAGAAAGAAGCAAAGGUAAGAUCAGUACAUCCAUAAACAUUUGUGAACCUUCUGUCCCUCAGGGUAUAAGCCA